AUGGGGGUGGUGGCGAUGGAGGGGGGGGUGAAGGUGGUGGCGGUGGUGGGGAACGUGGGGGUGGUGGCGGCGGAGGGGAUGGUGGUGGUGGGGAACGUGGGGGCGGAGGCGGUGACGUGGUGGGGGGAGAAACGUGGGGGUGGAGGUGAUGGUGAGGUGGGGGGGGGGUGGGUGAGUGGUGGUGGUGGCGAUGGAGGCGGGGGUGGUGGUGGUGGUGGUGGACAACGCGGGGGUGGAGGUGACGGUGGAGGUGGGGGUGGGGGUGAUGGUGGUGGUGGCGAUGGAGGCGGAGGUGAUGGUGGUGGUGGUGGUGGGGAACGUGGUGGGUGGGGGCGACGGUGGUGGGGGAGAACGUGGAGGUGGGGGUGGGGGUGA